GCCGCCUUGAAGUUUUCGGACGUUAUGGGUGAAUAGUUUUUAGUGACAAUGUUGAAUUAUUUAAAACUAUGUGAUUAUAAACAAUGGCACAAAUGAGUGAACUUAGAUUUUCAUUUUCGAAUCAGGUAUUUGUCGUGAUUGGAAUCCUGAGCACAUUGUUAAGCAAUGGCCUGGGUAUUGGCUUUCUACCCAUUAUUGUAUCGGACGAAAUAAAUGGAUCAAAUCACAAACUCCUUGAUGAACAAUCUCUAAGUUACUUAGAGGCUGCUGGAGAGCUGGCUUUUAUCGCAUCAAUCCUGAUUAUUCCUCUCACGAUGCAAAAAAAGGGAAGAAAAGUGGCAAAUAUUGUGACGAUAAUGCCAGCCUUUCUGGGCUGGGUCUUGAGCUUCAACGCGGGGAAAUUCUUCAGCCUUGUCAUCAUCAAUGCUUUACAUAACAUAUCGCUGGGCGGAGCCGUCUCCAUCAGCAGUACAUUAAUGUCAGAAUUUUGCAGCUUCAAAUACACAGGGCUAUUUUUCAUGAUAGAAAUAGCGAUGAUAACUCUCGGUAUAUUACUGUGUCACAUCUGUAAUGUGGGUAUUUCGCCGAAACAGUAAAUUUUCUGUGUC